GCGCGGGCGCAGCUGCCCGGGGCUGGGGCGUUUCAUCUGCGCCGGCCUGUGGGGCGGGCAUCACCCUGGGCCACGCGCUGAUAUUCUCCAUCACACUCAGAAAAAGUUACUCAUACGGUGGUCUUAUAAAGGGUCUGAAGUGGUCAAAUUGUCCCUUUUUAGAAACGGAUAGUUUUAGGUCUUAAAGAUGUCCUAGAAAUUAGCCUUACAAGCCCGGCUAUGUCAUUUUAUGGAAGAAGAAAUUGUCUAGACGAAUAACAUGAGGUCACAUAGAAUCCCACUUUUGGUGACUGCAAGUCAAGAAAGUAAAAGUAAACCAUUGCUAUCUUUCACCGUAAAUAUCCUGUGUUUUAUUGCUCAGAACAUCCAGUUUUUCUAAUACUCGUGAUGUCAGAAGGGAAACCUCCUGACAAAAAAAGGCCUCGUAGAAGCUUAUCAAUCAGCAAGAAUAAGAAAAAAGCAUCUAAUUCUAUUAUUUCGUGUUUUAACAAUGUACCACCUGCUAAACUUGCCUGCCCCGUUUGCAGUAAAAUGGUGCCUAGAUAUGACUUAAACCGGCACCUUGAUGAAAUGUGUGCUAACAGUGACUUCGUUCAAGUGGAUCCAGGGCAGGUGGGCUUAAUAAAUUCAAAUGUGUCUACAGUAGAUUUAACCAGUGUUACCUUAGAAGAUGUAACACCAAAGAAGUCACCACCACCAAAGAGAAAUUUAACCCCUGGCCAAAGCGAUUCAGCAAAAAUGGACGUAAAGCAGAAGACCAGUCCCUACUUUAAAAGUAAGGAUGGUGUGGUGUGCAAACAUCAAGAUACGCUGAGAAAUCGUAGUGUGAAAGUCAUUUGUUUGGGAAGCCUAGCAUCUAAAUUGUCCAGAAAAUACGUAAAGGCUAAAAAAUCAAUAGAUAAGGAUGAAGAAUUUGCCGGUUCUAGUCCACAGAGUUCCAGAUCCACAGUUGAUAAGAGCCUGGUUGAUAACUCUUCAGAAAUUGAGGACGAGGAUCAAAUUUUGCAGAACAGUUCUCAAAAAGAAAACGUGUUUGUAUGUGAUUCUCUGAAGGAAGAGUGUAUUCCCGAACAUAUGAUGAGGGGAAGUAAAAUAAUGGAAGCCAAAAACCAAAAGGCUACCCAGGAAUGUGAGAAAUCAGCCCUCAGCCCUGGCUUCUCAGAUAAUGCAAUCAUGUUAUUUUCACCAGAUUUCACUCUUGGGAAUACAUUAAAGUCUACUUCAGAAGACAGUCUUGUAAAGCAAGAGUGUAUCCAAGGAGUGGUUGAAAAACGUGAGGCAUGUCGUGAAGAAGUAAAAAUGACUGUUGCUUCAGAAGCUAAAAUGCAGCUGUCAGAUUCAGAGGCAAAAUCUCAUAGUUCUGCAGAUGAUGCUUCUGCAUGGAGUGACAUCCAAGAACCUCCUUUGCAGGAUAACAGUUGCUUAAACAGUGAUAUCCCUUGCAGCAUUCCUUUGGAGCAGGGGUCAAGCUGCAAUGGUCCCGGUCAAACAACUGGUCAUCCUUACUACCUUCGGAGUUUCCUUGUGGUGCUGAAAACCGUACUUGAGAAUGAAGAUGAUAUGAUGCUCUUUGAUGAGCAGGAGAAGGGAAUCGUAACUCAAUUUUAUCAGUUAUCAGUUACUGGUCAGAAGUUAUAUGUAAGGCUCUUUCAACGUAAAUUAAGCUGGAUUAAGAUGACUAAAUUAGAAUAUGAAGAGAUUGCCUCAGACUUAACACCUGUGAUUGAAGAAUUGAAGAAUGCAGGCUUUCUACAGACAGAAUCUGAGUUGCAAGAACUCUCUGAAGUGCUUGAACUCCUUUCUGCUCCUGAACUAAAAUCCCUGGCCAAGACCUUCCAUUUGGUGAAUCCCAAUGGACAGAAACAGCAGCUGGUGGACGCCUUUCUCAAAUUGGCCAAACAGCGUUCAGUCUGCACUUGGGGCAAGAAUAAGCCUGGAAUUGGUGCAGUGAUUUUAAAAAGAGCCAAAGCCUUGGCUGGACAGUCAAUACGAAUCUGUAAAGGCCCCAGGGCUGUGUUUUCCCGGAUCUUGCUGUUGUUUUCGUUGACCGACUCCAUGGAGGAUGAAGACGCCGCUUGUGGAGGUCAGGGACAGCUUUCAACGGUCCUGUUGGUCAACCUUGGCCGAAUGGAGUUUCCGACUUACACCAUCAAUCGGAAAACCCAAAUCUUCCAAGACAGAGAUGAUCUUAUCAGAUAUGCAGCAGCCACGCACAUGCUGAGUGACAUUUCUUCCGCAAUGGCCAACGGGAACUGGGAAGAAGCUAAGGAUCUCGCUCAGUGUGCAAAAAGGGAUUGGAACAGACUGAAAAACCACCCUUCUCUGAGAUGCCACGAAGAUUUGCCACUCUUUCUGCGGUGUUUUACUGUUGGGUGGAUUUAUACAAGGAUUUUGUCUCUGUUUGUGGAAAUACUGCAGAGACUUCACAUGUAUGAGGAAGCCGUCAGAGAACUUGAAAGCCUUUUGUCUCAGAGAAUUUACUGUCCUGACAGCAGAGGCCGGUGGUGGGAUCGACUGGCCCUGAACUUACACCAGCACUUGAAGCGCCUGGAACCGACUAUCAAGUGCAUCACAGAGGGGCUGGCGGAUCCGGAAGUCAGAACGGGACACCGCCUUUCACUCUAUCAGCGAGCCGUGCGCCUGCGGGAGUCUCCGAGCUGUAAAAAGUUCAGGCGCCUCUUCCAGCAGCUCCCAGAAAUGGCUGUGCAAGAUGUGAAACACGUGACCAUCACAGGCAGGCUGUGCCCGCAGCGUGGAAUGGGCAAGUCUGUGUUUGUGAUGGAGGCCGGGGAGGCCGCUGACCCCACCACGGUCCUGUGCUCCGUGGAGGAACUGGCACUGGCUCAUUACAGACGCAGCGGCUUUGACCAGGGGAAGGGUGAUGCUAUUGGGGAAGACUUGCAAAUGCCAGUAAAGACAGAGAGAUACAGUAGGCCUGAAACGGUUAGAAAUAGAAGAAGAGAAUGCCCGUUCAAGGCCCCAAGAGACGUGGAAACUGGACACUUGCUGGAGGAGGAAGCAGGCUGGGACGUGGGAGCGCUGAAAUGCUUGCAGUUGAGCCAUGAGCCUGAAAAACACACGAUUCCUUUCCCAGAGUAGAAACUAUUUUUCCCUGAUUAAAAUCAAUGCAGUGAAACUGAGCUGAACUCUGGCUGCCAGGCUUUAUGCCACAGGGAAUUUUGUGUCAGAGCGAUCUCAGCCUCUUCCGGGAGGUGAUUUCUGAAUUACUCAGAAGGACUGCAUCAAAAAUGAUUUCACUUAUAACACAAACGCACAGCAGGGACCUCUUAGGAGUUAAGGAACGAACCAGGCAUGGUAGCUUACACUUGUAAUCCCAGCACUUUGAGAGGCUGAGGCAGGAGGAUCACUUGAACUCUGAAGAUGGAGGUGGGAGGAUCUCUUGACCUCUGGAGGUCAAGGCUGCAGUGAGCCCAGACUGCCACUCCACUCCAGCCUGGGUGACAAGAGUGGGACCCUGUCUCAAAACAAAACAAAACAAACAAAAAGGAGGUCAGAAAUGAUCUAGCCUCUCUAUUCCUGCCUGAUCAUCAGUGUAUUCAGCAGGACGGAAGGCUGACUGGAAAUCAGGUCCCAGCUCCACUCCUGGCUGGGAAAGAGCAUGAAGUGUUCUAGGAAGAAAAGUCCUCCUGGGAGACUUGGCAACAGCCAGGAGCCCUGAGUGAACCACUGUCCUUUUGCAUCCCCGAGACGGGCUGCAGGGAUUAGGAGCCAGAACUGAGGAAGCCAGGACAGAGCAGCACGGCCUCAGAAGCGCAGGACAGAGGUGACCCCGGCAGGCGUGACAGGCCGUGGCUGCCUGCUCUCUGCUCUCACGGCGCCCCGACCCCGCUCACUGUGGUCUGGUGCAGAUGGGCUGGGGCCUGUACAUGUCAAGGUGGGACCAGCCACAGGAGCUUCGCCGCCAGUACUGGCGUGUCAGGAUGGGGCUCCGGUGGUCAGCACCUCCUCUGGCCAGUGGUCCUGUGGGGAGAGGCAUCCGUGCGGCCUCCCCCCUUGUCGGGUGUGCUGAUGUGCAGAGAAGCAUGGGCUUGGAGGGCAGCUGGAUGAGCUGGGGCUUGCUCAGGGACACGGGUCCGUGUGCUGUGCCAAGGCUGAGCCCUUCAUCCCACACCAGAUCUUGUCUCUGACUCUGUGCCCUCAGCACCUGACUUCUGUCUCUCAAGUCAUCUCCCAGUCAGUAAAACAUUUGUGUGACACGAUGAGGGGGACUGAAGUGGGUGGUCUUUAAGGCCAGAGGUCUCUAUAAAAGCCUUGACUAUUGGAAGCACUGGGCUAGGGCAGUGUAGUGCCCGGGGGACGAGGUGCAUCAGAGCAGCACCCGCUGAGGCCAAGAAUGGAGGUGGCUGCUGCCGGCCUCCUGGGAGGUCCCCUCAGGGAAGCAUUUCUUCAGGGGUGGCCAGGGACCUCCUGCGCCAGGGCCUGCAUGGGGAUUCAGUGUCAGCCCAGCCCUGCUAAGUCCCAGCCUUCGGAGCCUGAGGAGGGUAUCUGCUUAUUUUUCUUUUAAACAUGUUUCUUAGAUUAUUCACUAAAGUUUGAGAACCACUGCUUUGUGACUUUGAAAUGUUCAUUUGAAUUUCUCUAUGAUUAUUAAGAUUUUUGCCUUUAAGGCUCUGUAUAUAUACUGUAUAAAAUGAGCUGGGAAUGGCAUAAAAACAG